ACAGGGCGUUUUCCACAGCAAAGAGCUACGAUUGGCUCACUAUUUAAAAUAAAUGUGUGUGGUUAGUGAAUUUUCUUGCCAAUCAUACAAGAAGGACUCGUGAGCAACACACAUGGAAGGUAAAAGACGGAAUGGUGGCACCUUGAUGGGCGGAGCGUCCCAAGCUAAGCGGGGUAAACAGACCGGGGAUUGGGACGAUGGCCCGUCGGGGUUUGAGGAAGAACUGGCUCAUUUCGAAGAAGCCGAGAUGGAAGCAGAGGAGAGGGAGGGGCAGGCAGGCCACGAUGUCAUCCCCGUAGGUGAUCUGUUCUCUGCGGACCUCAACCCUCGCUGGCGCCGACCUAAUGCCGCUAGUUUGGACCCCAACUUUGAAAAACUAAUCUUCCAGCAGAUUGACCUAGACUACUACCUAGGCCCUGCCGUGGCUGGCAUGCCGGGCCAGGCGCACAGCACUGUCCCCAUCAUACGCAUGUUUGGAGUGACGGACCAGGGACACAGUGUUUGCUGUCAUAUCCAUGGCUUUGCCCCCUACUUCUACACACCUGCACCCCCUGGGUUUACCAACAUACACUUAGGUGAAUUCAAAAGGGAACUCAACUCAGCUGUGCUGAAAGACAUGCGCUCCAACAAGGACAACAUAUCUGUCACAGUGCUGGCAGUGGACAUCACAAGCAAAGAAAGCAUGUAUAGUUACCAUGGAAACAAGCCUGGGGACUUCCUGCGCAUCACCAUGGCGAUGCCCCGCCUGAUUGCCCCAGCAAAGAGACUCCUGGAGCAGGGGUUUAAGUUUGGCCCUUUUUCCACCCAGAGCUACCCUUCCUACGAGGCCAACAUUGACUUUGAGAUCAGGUUUAUGGUGGACUGUGAUGUAGUAGGCUGCUGCUGGAUCGAGCUCCCUGCUGGAAAAUACCGCCUGAGAGAAGAGAGGAGGGAGGGGGAGACAGACUCUGCCUACCCAGGCAAGGUGUCUCUGAGUCAGUACGAGGUGGAUGUGGGCUGGUCAGACCUGGUCGCCCACCCUGCCGAGGGGGACUGGCAGAGCAUUGCUCCACUCAGGGUUCUCAGUUUUGACAUUGAGUGUGCUGGAAGGAAAGGCAUCUUCCCCGAGGCAGACAAGGACCCUGUCAUCCAGAUCGCCUCCAUGGUGCAGCGGCAGGGAGAGCUGGAGCCCUUCAUCCGCACAGUGUUCACCCUGCAGGCCUGCGCCAGCAUCGUAGGCUCCCAGAUCCUGUGUUUCACACAGGAGAAGCAGUUACUGCAGAGCUGGGCAGAGUUUGUGAGGACAGUCGACCCAGACAUCAUCACUGGCUACAACAUCCAGAACUUUGACUUUCCCUACCUGCUCAACAGAGCAGCAGCUCUGAAGGUCCAUUUGUUUCCAUACUUGGGCCGAGUUCGAGGCAUCAAGUCGGUCCUGAAGGAGUCGAGCUUCCAGAGCAAACAGAUGGGCCGCAGGGAGAACAAGACCAUGAACAUGGAGGGAAGGGUGCAGUUUGACCUGCUGCAGGUGCUACUGAGAGACUACAAGCUGCGCUCGUACACACUGAACUCUGUCAGCUUCCACUUCCUGCAGGAGCAGAAGGAGGAUGUGCAGCAUUCUAUCAUCACUGACCUGCAGAAUGGUAAUGAGCAGACACGGAGGCGCCUGGCGGUAUACUGUCUGAAGGAUGCCUACCUGCCCCUGCGGCUGCUGCAGAAGCUCAUGUGUGUCAUCAACUACAUGGAGAUGGCCCGGGUCACAGGUGUGCCCCUCACCUACCUGCUCUCCAGGGGCCAGCAGAUCAAAGUGGUGUCUCAGCUCCUGCGGCAGGCCAUGAGACAGGGGCUGGUCAUGCCUGUGGUGAAGACGGAGGGAGGGGAGGACUACACUGGAGCCACUGUCAUCGAGCCAGAGAAAGGGUACUACAGUGUUCCCAUUGCUACUCUGGACUUCUCAUCCUUGUACCCGUCAAUCAUGAUGGCCCAUAACCUGUGCUACACAACCUUGCUUCAGAAGGGCACUGCAGAGAAACUGGGUCUUUCAGCAGAGGACUUCAUAAAGACUCCCACAGGUGACCUGUUCGUCAAGAGCUCUGUGAGGAAGGGACUUCUGCCUGAAAUUCUGGAGAACCUGCUAUCUGCCAGGAAGAGAGCCAAGGCUGAGCUGAAGAAAGAGACAGAUCCUUUUAAGCAGCAGGUGUUGGACGGACGCCAGCUGGCUCUCAAGAUCAGCGCCAACUCUGUGUACGGCUUCACUGGGGCUCAGGUGGGCAAGCUGCCCUGCCUGGAGAUCUCUCAGAGUGUCACCGGUUUUGGCAGGCAGAUGAUUGAGAAAACCAAACAGCUGGUGGAGUCUAAGUACACCAUCUCCAAUGGUUACCAGGCUGAUGCCAAGGUGAUCUACGGGGACACAGACUCUGUGAUGGUGAAGUUGGGGGUGCCGACCGUGCGAGACGCCAUGGAGCUGGGCAGGGAGGCAGCACACUGGGUCUCCUCCCACUUCACUCCUCCCAUCAAGCUGGAGUUUGAAAAGGUUUACUACCCAUAUCUGCUGAUCAACAAGAAACGCUACGCUGGCCUCUACUUCUCCUCCAGCUCUGACACGCACGACAAGAUGGACUGCAAGGGCAUUGAGACAGUGCGUCGAGACAACUGUCCUCUAGUGGCAAACCUCAUCAACACAUGCCUGCAGAACAUCCUCAUAGACAGGGACCCCCAGGGUGCUGUUGCCCACGCCAAAGAGAUCAUCUCAGACCUGCUGUGUAACCGCAUCGACAUCAGCCAGCUGGUCAUCACCAAGGAGCUGACACGAACGGCCCAGGAAUACACUGCCAAGCAGGCUCAUGUGGAGCUGGCUGAGAGAAUGAGGAAGAGAGACGCUGGCAGCGCCCCCAACCUAGGAGACAGAGUUCCCUACGUCAUCAUCAAAGCUGCCAAAGGAGUGGCGGCCUACAUGAAGUCUGAGGACCCCAUCUAUGUGCUGGAGAACAACAUUCCUAUCGACUCCCAGUACUAUCUGGAGCAGCAGCUGUCCAAGCCGCUGCUCCGCAUCUUUGAGCCGAUCCUGGGAGAGAGCAAGGCUGAGAGCGUCCUGCUCAAGGGAGACCACACCCGCUGCAAGACUGUGCUGACCUCUAGGGUGGGUGGGCUCAUGGCGUUCGCUCAGAAGCGGAGCACCUGUAUUGGCUGCAGAGCCGUGCUCAAGACGGACGUGGCCGUGUGUGACUUCUGUAAGAGGAAGGAGUCAGAGUUGUACCAGAAAGAGAUUUGUCACCUGAGCACCCUGGAGGAGCGCUUCUCUCGUCUGUGGACUCAGUGCCAGCGCUGCCAAGGGUCCCUCCAUGAGGAUGUGCUCUGCACCAGUCGAGACUGUCCCAUCUUCUACAUGAGGAAGAAGGUGCAGAAAGACCUUGAUGACCAGGAGAAGCUGGUUUCUCGGUUUGGUUGGUGAAACAUGAAGGACGACGGUGCUCCACACUCGCCCUGCUAGACUGUCUCCAUGAGGCAGUUCUGCACAUGUAUGAACACGUCUCACAUUAGUGUUUUGGAAACAUAAAUGAAUAAUAAAUGGUAACUUUUUGUACAGAACUUGAAAUAAGAAUGAAGUAAAUCAGCGUCUGAUCUUUUUUUAAAGGACGUCGACUCUCCUUCAUAUACUAGAGUCCCUAAAUAUAGAACCCUGUGCCUCCAAUGACUGCCACCCAGGAGGUGGAACUGGAUGAAUGCACCUUGUGACAGUUACAAAGUUCAGCCAUCUGUACAGGACUAGUUCAGGCUGUAAACGUGCUGCAUGCUAGUCCUGUCCUAACCCCAGCAGGUACACCUGCUGCAUGCUAGUCCUGUCCUAACCCCAGCAGGUACACCUGCUGCAUGCUCUCUCAGCCUGUUGUAGGAUACAGCAAAGAAAUGAACAGAUUUAAUCUGAAGUGCUGGUCUCACAGUGAUCUUUACUAAAAUGUUUCCAAAUCCCCAAGGCAGGUUGAGGAUACCAUGACAAACAUGGAGAUGCUCACAGCCUUACAACUGACUGGCCAUUAAAGACUGGAGGCAUGUGGAUCAAAUGUCCUGUAUAAAGAUUCACAGUAACAACUGACAAUAGUUAGGGAUGGAACAUAAAUGGUGACACGCUUGUAUGAAAAUGUUUCAAGAACAUAAUGAGGUUAAGUAGAGAUUGUUGCCAAAACCUGAUUACCUGGUAUUUGCAAGUAAACUAACAAUGCAUACAUGUUAAUGAAACCAUUGUGUUCUUUAAAUGCUAUACUGUGUUAGUCUAAGUUGUACCAUGUAUUUUCUUGGUACACACCUUAAUAUAUGAAUAUUCCUAGUAAUGUAAUACUGUUGCCUUAUGAAAGAAAACAAUACACUACAACCUGUGUUCAUUGUACAACUGUCGAAAACCAAAUGGAACAAGUAAUGACAUGGACAGACAGCCAAUGAUUAACAUUGGUAAGUAAUGUGACCAAUAAGCUUUCAGAACAGGAAUCUGAUGGGGCGUAUGUACACCCUUCCUGUCAGACAAGGGCUUGGAUCUCUGAUGGGAUUACAGGAAGUGCAGAGUGAGGG